CCUCGCUUGGCGUCGCACCGCGUCGGCAUUUGAAUUAAACGACGCGCCGAAAAAAGGUGUUUGUGCCUCCGUUUUUUGUUUUUUUUUCGUAUCUAGUAGUCCGUGUUUCGUCGUGGAAGUGUCAAAAUUAUUUGUAGAGUCCUAAUCGAAGGCGUAGUCAGUUUACAUCAGUGUUUCAAGCGUAACCCACAACAAAAAAGUAGUUGGCAAAAAUUACAUUUUCAGUCGUUCAAGUCCCGUUUGUUUCGUUUGCCUUGUUGAUUUUUUUUCUCGGUAAAAGUCCCGUUUUGGCUUGCCCUUGGCUUUUGGAUCCAUUGACCUCUGUUGGUGAACCAUGGAUCUACGCAGCUGGCGGAAGGUCCUGCUCCAAUGGGUGAGCGAGUGCCGCUUCACCGAGGCCAACUACAUCACCCUGGAGCAGACGGACAUCGAGGCCUUCUUUGCGGUCUUCGUGGAAAAGGCCCAGGUGGAGGCAGUGGUGCAGGAGGCGCUGCAGGCUCAGCCCAAGAAUCACCGCUCUCCCUUGCAGGCAUUCAUCAGAGAAAUCUAUCCAGAGUUUUGCGCGCACAUAAGUGGCCGUGGGAAAUUGGUGGAGUCUGACUACCUGUACGUGUACACGCUACUCCUGCACUAUUCGUGCGUGAAGCAGCCCAGCAUGUUCUUCCAUAGUCUCUGCAAGAAGCUGCCGGAGCUGAUGCAGACCUGCAUCGCCGCCUUGUUCGAAAAGACGGUGGAGCGGCAGCUGACGCGAGAUUAUCUACGCCAAACCAUUGCCAAUGUGGCCAGCGUUUACCGGCUGGGCGCUCAAGUCAGUCCGUGCCAUCCCAGCAGCUCCUUAAGUCCCGAUCUCCACAGUGACGUCACACCGUCUCCAACCUCGUCCACACCAACUUCGCCCCAACCACCGAGCAGCACGCCACAUAUGCACCAUCGCGACCGGGACAGACAGCGGGAACGCCUGCGCCUCCAGCUGUCCGCCAACGAAAUGCCUGCGCCACCGACCCCCAAGACGGAGCUCCUGGAGCAACGCACACGGGAGCUGCGCGGUGUUCGCGCCCAGCUGGCGAUGAUUUGCUACGAGAAGAACGUCCUCGAGGAGCAGCAUGUGGAAAAGGACAGUGUGAUCCAAUCCCUGAACAAAGAAAAUCACGUGGUCAAGACACAACUGGCCAAACUGAAGGACAACGCCAAGACUAAAGAAGAGGAGGAUGUCAUCACCGAUUGCGCACCAAAAGACUUCGAUCAUUUGAAGCGAAGCCUCAUGAAAGAGAUCAGCCAAAAGGAGGCAAUUAUAACUGAGAACAACGAUAAGCUGCAGGAUUUGCAAACAGAAAAAUCCGAACUGGUCGAGAAGCUCAAAAUGUCGGCGGAGCAAUUGCUAGUGUGCAUGGACCGCGUAAGGGAGCUUGAAUCGCGCGUGGAGGAUCUCAGCCAAUCCCUAUCAACGAAAGAUGAUAGGAUUAGCUGCCUGGAGCGCGACAAGCAGGAGCUAAAUGAGUGCCUCCAGGAGGCGCGCGAGGAUCUUCAUAACCGACGUGAGGUGCUCAACGCAUCCUCUGAUCUGCUGAAUUUGUCUUUGUCGCCGAACGUCACUCCAGAGAAUCUAGCCAGCUCUGUGAUCGACAAGCAGCUACGUGAGAAAGAACACGAGAACGCCGAGCUGAGGGAAGAGCUUCAGAGGCAGAACGAUUCGGUGCAGCAACUGACCGAAGCUAUGACGAGCAUUCUUAGAAAGUAUCAGCUCGAUCAGGAUUUCCUGGCAAACGAUCAGUUUUCACACCUGAUGAGCAGCAUUUCUGUUCUCGAGAGUGGCCUUGCUGACGAGUUGGCCAGGAGCUCGAAACUUAAGAAGCUUUGCGACAGCCAGUCCUCGAACCUCGAUGAACUUCUGGAGAAAAGUCAAACAAUUGGGGAUUAUCUGGAGACACAGCUCAAACAGCUUGAUGCGGCCAAGGCCAAAAUUGUCCAGCUAGAGCGGGCGGCUGCGGACACAAGCCAGAAUCAUAUGAAAAAAGUCUGCAAUAUGCAAAAGGAGUACGAGGAUAAGAUUCACAGUCAGAACUGCAGGCAGGAACAGUUACAGUCCCACCUACAAUCGAUAAUCCGAACCCACGAAAAGUUGAUUGAGAAGGUAGCUGUGGCGGACGAUUGCCUGACCACCAUUAAGGUCGAGCUGGCUGAAAAAGAACAGCAGAUAGAAAGGUUGAGUUCCGAAAUCACAGAUCUACGCGGAAAAAACGAAUCUCUGGAAAGUAGCAUCAGCCGGCUUGGUACAGAAAGAAAAGAAAUAUCUUUACUUUUAGAGCAGGAGCAGCGCAGUCAGGAGUACUUACGAAAUAAGUAUACCCUGUGUCGGAACCAGCUAAUGUCCCGCAACGCGGACAUGGGGCUAUUAUCCAUGCAGCUGGGUGCAGCCGACUGGGAGAGCGCGCUUCAGCGUAUAGACGAGCUUUUUGAAACGGAGGAGAAACACGGGGCCCUCAAGCUUGAGCUAGAGCAAAAGGCGAUGGAGGCGAUGGAGGCAACGGAGCUGGGUAUGCGCCUGGAGCUAAGUUUAAAGCAUAGCCAGGAUAUGGAGCAGAAGCUGUCUGACCUUCAGUUAGAGCUGGACACGUCUAAUGACCGAUGUGAUAAAUUGCAUAAAUCCAAUCUGAAGUUCACCCAGCAGAUCGAGUCCGAUCUUUUGGAGCGGGAGACGCAGCACAAGGAGCUGUAUCAGGAGAAGGAGUAUCUUAUCGAGCAGCAGCGCAACUCUCAGCAGGAGACGGAGCUUUUCCUGGACCGCAUCACUGCCCUCUUAGAUGGGGGCAAUUCGGCAAGAUCCUCCGCUUGCUCUUCCGGACCGGAGGAAAAUAGCAAUCGAUUUGAUGCGGUUGAAUCGUUGCUUGAAGUGAUACUCGAGCAGCGAAAGCAAACAAUCGACAGUCUUGAAGCGAAGGUGGAUUAUCUGCUGGAGGACUUGGCAGAUGUUAAGCGGCAGCACGCAGCGGUCCUUAGCGAGAGCCGGCAAUGGGCUUUCAGGUUCAGCCGUGAGGAGAAGCAGCGUGAGGAGCUCAUCGUUUCUCUAGAGCUCACUGCCGACAAGCUGCGUUCUGCACUGCACCACAAAGAUACCGAGAUUGCCAACAGCAGUAGGCAGGUGGCUGAAUUGCAGAAGACUCUUCAAGAGGAGCGAACCAAUUUGGAGCAGGCGACGAAUAGACUGGUCGGGACUCAGCAGCACCUGAAGGCCCAAAAUUUGGAGGUCACUAAGAUAGCAGCCGCCCUUGAAUCUCGUCUUUUAGAAGCUGGGUCAGAACCAGAAUCUCCGGAUGGGGGUUGUGCAAACAGCUCCGAGGCGCUUCGUCAUCGGAUUGUCCAGUUUAUAAGCAUAUAUGAUGAGUUGGAUGCGUGUCGCCAGGAUCUCGAGCUGAAGUGCGAUGGGGUCACACAGUUGGCCGAGCACCUCGGCCAGUCCAAGGUGCGUCUGGAAGAGGAAGUGGCUAUACUGCAGAACAAGUUGGGCACUGGUCAGAAUAGUCCCAUGAUAAAGCAACUCAAGGACACCAUCGGGAACCUUGAGCAGGUGAACGAGAAGCUGAGCUUGGACAACGUUAAGCUGCAUAACCUCCAACUGGACAUGAGUCAGUCUCUACUUAAGGUCCACAGUGAGUCGAAUCGCCGUGCGGAUCAAAUCUCUCAGCUGGAGACUUCGGAAAAUUAUAAGGCAAGACAGUUGUCCGAGUCGCAAAAGGUGCAGGAAGAACUGCGGGCGCAACUGAAGGAAACAGACGAGAAAAUGUCGGAGUUGAAGGAUAUGUAUGAGAAACAAAUCGAUCAAUUAAAAGUUGACCAUGAUCAGCGUUGUAAGGACCUCGAAAACGAGAUGGCGGAUAAGAUUGCCGAGAUCUCACUUGUGUCCAAAGAGCAUGACACCCUAAUUGAUAUCAUGAAGCAGGAGUUGGAAGGGAAACUGGAGGCAAGUGAAGCCAAGUUUUUGAAACAGGAGGAGGAGCAUAAACAAUUGUUAAAGACUACGAAAGAUGAGUGCGAACAGCGUUGUCAAGAUCUCGAAAGGCAGCUAACGGAGUCCUCGCAGUUGGUCAAAGACCACGAGGAAGCAGUGACGGCAAUCAGAACGGAGUUGAAAGAGGCUCGCCUCCAGGAGCAGCAGCACCGUGAUGCCCUUGCGACCAACAAACAAGAAAUGAGCGGUUGGAAAUCCGAUUUAAACGAGGCUCGCCUCCAGGAGAAAACCCUACGCCAGACCAUUGCUACCCACAAGGAGUUGAUGCAAGAGUCGAGUAACGAGUUGGCGUGGUUGAGGGAUGCGCGAAAGAAGGCAGAGGUUGAGGUCGCCAAGCUGCGUGCGCAAGUUUCACAGGGGCAAACGGAUAACAAAGAUCACGUCAAGCUGGAGUCAAAGCCCAAGGAGCAAGAACCGAAGUUAAAUGAAGAGGAGUUGCUCAGCCUACGAACAAAGCUUCAGGACGAGCAGAAGCUUACAGAGCAGCUUCGAGUCGAGGUGGAAAAGCAAAAUGAGCAGCUGUGCAAGGCCAAUGCCCAAAUGAAAAACGAAGAAAGUCGCAUGGCGGAGAUGGUGAAUGAGGUGGAAAAGGAUUACCAAAUGCAGUUCCGGCAGUUGAAAGAGUCCUUGGCUAAGGAGCAGCUAGAAAUACAACAAAAGAUGGUUGACACCUGUAACAUUGAGUUGCUCAGUCUUCAGACUAAGCUUCAAGACGAACAGAUGCUUACAGAUCAGCUCAAAGUCAAGCUUGAAAAGCAGAAAAAUAAGCUGACAAAGGCAAAGGCCCUAUUAAUAAGUGAAGGAAGUCGCAUGCAGCAGAUGGCCGAUGAGGCGGAAAGGGAUUACCUAACGCAGUUCCGCCUGUUAAAAGAGACCAUGGCCAAGGAGCAUCACUCUGCCCUGCAGGACCUACAAAUGAUGUUGUCCAACAACUCCAAGGAGGAGCUACUUAGUCUACAGGCCAAGCUUCAGGACGAGCAAAAGCUUACGGAUGAACUGAAAGUAGAGCUGGAUGAGCGGCAGAAAGAGCUGUGCAAGGCCAAGGCCCAAUUGAUAGGCGAAGAAAGUCGCAUGAAGAAGAUUGCCGAAGAGGCGGAAAGGGAUAACCAAAUGCAGCUCCAGCAGUUAAAAGAGAAAAUGUCCAAGGAGCAGCAAUCGGCCCAGCAAGAGCAAGAGCUGUUGUCUGACAGCUGUAAGGAAGAUUUGCUUAGUCUGCAGGCUAAGCUUCGACACGAACAGAAGCUAACGGAUCAGCUUAAAGCAGAGUUGGAUGAGCUGCGCCUGGCGAGGGCUCAAGUGAUAAGCGAUGGAAAUUACACAGAGAAGAUUUUCGAUGAGCAGGUUAAAUUAAUCGAACAGCAGGCCGACGAACUGGCUCAGACGAAGAAGGCCCUCGAGUCACAGGUCGAAUCCUCGACUAAAUUGCUGGCCGAGAAGGAGUCUCUGCAGCGGGAGAUCCACCUGGUCAAGGAGCGACUGGUGAAUGAAGAGCGCGAGCACCAGGUAAAACUGGCCACGCUCGAGGACGAGCUAGAAACGUUGAUGGGGCGCCACACCCAAACGGAAGCAGACCGUGCCAUUGCCCACGAGCGGAUCAGCAAGCUGAAAAAUGUACGUGACCUCCAGCAGGAGAAUAUCGUCAAACUGAACAAGCAACUCUCGGAAUUCGACCAGCUGAAGGACAGCUUAAACUGUGAGAUCGGUGGCCUCAAUUGUAAUAUCGCACAGCAAAAAAAACAGCUGUCCGAGCGGGCCGGCCAGAUUAUGGAGUUGCAGCAUCGCCUGGAGGCGGAAGUUGAAAACCGCUAUCAGGCCCAGGAACAGUUGGCCAAGGUCACCGAGAGACUGGACGAAGUCGAGCAGCAGCAAAGCAGUCAGAUGUCCGCCUCAGAGCAGGCUGUGGCCGAUUUGCAGCAUCGUCUGGAGACGGAGAUCGCAGACCGCAAACAGGCCCGGCAACAGCUGGCCGAGAUCACCGAGCAGCUGGCCGGAGUGCAGCAGGAGCUGGACGGCACGCGGCUCGUCCACGAGGCCCAGCACUUCGAGCUGGAGGAGAAGACGCGCGAGAUUGAGAUGGAACGUGCAGAGGCGGCGGAGCGCAACCUUAGCUAUCAACGCCGCCUGGAGAAUCUCGAACGGCAGCUGGCCGACUGCAAUCAGGAGCUGGCCGAGAUGCGAUCCGCCAACGAAAGCCAUACACAGGGUCCGAGUGAUCUCGGGGCCACCUACAGCAAGUCGGAUGCGCCCGAAUCGGACGCCAAUCUCGGCCAGCUGCGCCAGGAGACGGCCAGAAACAACCAGCUGGCGCUAGACUGCCAGAUCCUGCAGGCCAAGUACCGCGAUGCCAAGAACGAGAUCCAGCGCUGCGAGCAGAAGAUCAAGGACCAGCGACUGGAGAUGGAGGGCAAGUUGGACAAGAUGAAGACCAAGAUGCGCUCCUUGUACACGGCGGAGGUGACCCGCAUGAAGGAGAAGCAGGAACGGGACGCGGCCAGCAGCGCAGCGGAGCUGGAGACCCUCAAAGCCCAGAAUGCCAAAUAUGAGGAGCACACUCGCAAGCUGUCCAACCAGAUUGUCCGCCUCAAUGAGAAGAUCCUGGAGCAGCAGAAGCAGCAUGCCAUCAUCAGCACCAAGUUGCGCCAUUUGCAGAUGCAGCCCGCCAGUGAACCAAAGCCAUCCACCGCGACAAUCACCGUUUCCUCCAGUUCAGCGGCAGCAAGCGAAGAUUGGCAGCCCUUCAAGCGGCCCAGUGCCCCAUCCUCUAAUCUGGCCAUGGAAGACGAAGAGGGCGAGGUCUUUAACAACACGUACCUGACAGACUUAAAAUUGGGCCGUGUUCCUGACAUGACGGCCGAGGAGCUUAUUUAUCGGAACUCGCUGCAGCCACCACAUCUGAAGAGCGCCUACGCGGCCCAGUAUGAUCUGGGCAGCCAGGACGAAGAUCUCAAAGAUGGACCCCACAGUUUGGAUGACAGCAUGAGCGCUCUGCUAAGCUCUUCGAGCACAGGAACGCGCAAGAAGACCAUGGGCACCCACUACAAGCGACCAGGACCGCCCACACCGAGCAAGAACGGCGGGCGGUUGUCCUUCGGCAGCUCGGAGCCGCCGCGUGAGAUUCUGCGAGAGUUCGGCGACCACAACAACACCUCCAAGACGCCGGCGCGUUUCAAGUUCCUGACGCAGCGUUUCAGCGUUGGCAGCAGCGGUCUGCCCCGAGACGAGCUGCCCCAUCGCAAGCGGUCGAAUCUACUGACUGGGAUACAGCGUCGCAAGUUGCGCCAGGCGGUGGGCUUGUUUUGUACAUCCACGCCUCGCAAGAGCCGCUCCUACUAUGAUCAGCAGCGUCUGAUCCGUGCAAGCGAUGCGGACACGUCGUCGGCUGAACCCGCCGAGCAGGAAGAGGAGGUGGAUGAGGUGGAAGAUGUGGAUGAGGUCGAAGAGGUGGAUGAGGUGGAUGAGGGUGAGACAGUGCCUCCAGAAGAUCAAGCUAAUCAAGAGGGUACCCCACACCUGUCCACGGCAGCGUUGCUCGCCUUGACCAAGGGCAACACCCGUCGUCUUACCGGCCAUGCCAAAUCACGGAAUGGCCGCGUUUCGCUUUGCCUGCACGGCAACAUUUUUGCCAAGAGCCGUCCGGCUGCGUUGAAGGUUUCCGAUCCGGCUGUGCUCGGAAAGCGGGUGCAGCAGCGCCGGAAGUUGCGCCAGGAGCGGAUGGGCCGCUUCGAUCAGGCCCGUCACCUCGACCAGGUCCGGCUUUCGGCUAAUCUCUCUAAUGCGGCUCAGAAGCCAGAUUCCCCUGAUAAUAACAACUAUAGUAUGCAUAAUCGCAACGAAGAGCAGAUCGUGCUGGGCAAGACGGUUGUGCUGGACAAGAGGGCACCGAGUCCGGCUGUGGCCACCACCUUCAGCGUGGGGGAAGCGCUCAGCGAGACAUGGCAGCUGCAGCAGCAGUUCGAGUCCGAGAACCUGGCCACGUGGGCACUGGAAAAUGGGCAGAGUGCUAUUGGGAUGGGGAUGGAGAUGGAGGAGAGCCCGGAGGACUGGCGAUUCGAGCAGCUGUGCAGGGAAACGGAGUGCACGGCGCCCUUUCAACUGCAGCCGCUCGUCUACGCGCCAGUUGGUGUGCCGGUAGAGCUGAAACUGCCGCAAUUGGCCGCCUCCAGCAGCAACUUGACCGGCGGUAGCUGCACCACCAACAUGACCAGCGGUAGCUGCACCACCAACAUGACCAGCACCUCGUCCCGGCAGUCGUGCACGGUCUACUCGUUCGGCAGCGUGCACAUGCAGCCGAUGCCGCAUAUCAACAUCACCUAUGUCCAGCCGACGGACUCGCAGCUCCACACGUCGACGCUCAACCGCUCGCUGUGGACUCAGUUCAGACGCCUUCUGCGCCACCUGAGUCUCGGCGAGCGGCUGACCGUGGGCUUGGUGCUGCUGGCCAUCGUGGGACUGUGCUCCCAGCUGGCGGACAGGGUGGUGCUGGCGUUCACCGCCGUAGUCGCUGGAAUGGGUCUGGUCCUCCUCACAAUCUCCUUUUUCGGCCGCAAACCAAAGCAAUGGAAAUUGCACAAAUCUCACUAACUCGUUUCGCACUGUGUACUCAUAUGUCUUGUACAUUUACAGAACUCGCCGCCCAAACGACGACUCAGCAACAUGUUCAAGCGCAAAUAGGCGCCUUCGCAGUCAUAAAUGUCAAAUCCUGCACACCCCAAGCAGGUCCUCGCAGUCUCUGGGAACUACUAACAAUUACUCUUAAUUUUCGAAAAAUAUUAAACUCGAAUUCGUAUUUCAAAUAUUUAUUUAUUAUUAUUUACGUUAAUUUUUUUUUUAAUUUCAAUUGAAUUUAAUAUUGAUUUAGAAAUCAAAAUGUAUGUUUCAAUGGUACAAUAUCGAGGCGAACAUAAGAUGAAAAAUAAAUUUAUAU